GCAACAGUUCUGGGAUGCACCAGCAUUCACAUUUACACAUACACAACCAUUUACUUGCCACAUGCCACACACACACACACACUCUACAGCAGCUCUAGCUGUUACACUCACCCUCACAUACUAAUUUUCAACUUAGAAAACACUCAGUCAUACACACACUCACAAACGCACAGAUGGGCCUGACGCUGCUGCUGGGCGGGCUGGCCAUGCUUGCCAUGUUGCUUAAGUGCCUUCUGGGAUUGCGUCAGUCCUCCAGCGGGAUGCCGUGCCUACCGCGCCUGCCGUUGCUGGGCAGCCUGCUCAGCCUGCGUUCGGAGCUGCCACCUCACCUGCUCUUCACGCGGCUGACACACACCUACGGGAAACUCUACACACUCUACAUGGGCCCGCACCUGGCCGUGGUGGUCAACGACUACACACACGCGCGCGAGGUCCUGCUCGGCAAGGGACGCGAGUUUGCCGGACGACCUUACAUGGUGACUACGGAGCUCCUGACUCGUGGGGGGAAGGACAUUGCCUUUGCAGACUACAGCCCACUGUGGAAGAGCCAGCGCAGGCUAGUGCACAGUGCCUUCAGCCUCUUCGGAGAGGGAUCCAGUAAACUGCAGACCAUUGUCUUAGAAGCUGCAGACUGCCUGGUUGCAGAACUCCUCUCCCCCAGAGCCCAGCGUGAGUGUCUGGGGAACAGUGUGUGUGAGGGUGUGUGUAAGUGUGUGUGUUUGGACCCAGCGGCUGCUGUUCUCAGGGCGGUCACUAACGUGGUGUGCAGGCUGGUGUUCAGCGGCAACUACAGCAGCGGUGACCCUGAGCUCCGAGAGGUCAUGGACUACAAUGACGGCAUUGUCCAGACCAUUGCCCGUGGCGACCUGGUGGACAUCUACCCCUGGCUCCGAAUUUUCCCCAACAAGGAUUUGGAGAAACUAAAAGCAUGUGUAAAAGUGAGAGACAAUCUACUGACUACAAAACUAGAGGAACAUAAGGAGAGUCUGACCCCUGGCGAUCCUCGUGACCUGCUGGAUGCUCUGCUGGAGGGGAAGAGCUCUGGCGGAGAGAGCGGCCUAUCCGACGACCACGUGCUCAUGACCGCAGCCGAGGCCUUUGGGGCAGGAGUGGAGACCACCUCCACAACCAUACUGUGGGCCAUCGCCUUUCUGCUGCACCAUCCAGAGGUGCAGGAACGUGUGCAGGCAGAGCUUGAUGAGUGUGUGGGUGUGGAGCGGGCGCCGUUGCUAAGCGACCGUACACGCAUGCCCGUGCUGGACAGUGUUCUGUGCGAGGUGAUGAGGAUACGACCCGUCAGCCCACUGCUCAUACCGCAUAUAGCCAUGCAGGACACCAGUAUUGGAGGUCACCCUGUUGCCAAGGGAACUCGUGUCCUGGUGAACAUGUGGGCCAUCCACCAUGACCCACAGCAGUGGGACCAACCAGAGAGCUUCAGGCCAGAGCGUUUCCUGGACAGCUCAGGCCAGAGAGUGACCCCACCCACCUUCAUGCCCUUUGGGGCUGGGCCUCGGGUGUGUGUCGGCGAAUCACUGGCUAGGAUGGAGCUCUUCCUGUUUCUGUCCCGUCUACUGCAGCGCUGUCACCUCACAGUCCCUCAAGGGGGUUCCCUGCCAGACCUGCAGGGGCGCUACGGAGUCGUUCUACAGCCCCCAAGAUACACGCUCACCAUCAGAUCCCGAACCUGACCCUCUUUUGUGUGUGUGUGUGUGUGUGUGUGUGUGUGUGUGUGUGUGUGUCUGUGUAUUUGCGCAGUUCUAUUUUUUGAGUGUAUGUUUGAGGUGACACAAAAAAUAUCAGAGACAAAAAAAAGAGAAAGAGAAAGAGAAAGUUUCAGUUGUGUAAAGAAAUAAACAAAUAAAGAAACAUGCUGACAGGAGGGCCUGAAGCCAGGCUUUUUGGUCAACAGCCAGAGACAGGAGAGACGUUCAGUUCUUCUCAUCAGUUGAUUUCUACCCAUGAACAGGGGAACGAUCACGUUCAGGCGUGUUUUCAUUUCAAUAAAACACACUUAUAUUAACUGGG